CUCUUCCCUUGUCUGAUCUGUUCGCCUACUGCGCACAUAAGAGAUAUGGGCAGACGGUGACUUCAUACAGCGGCUGACAAUGGCUUUUCAGCAAGGUGAAGCCGCGCCUGUAUCGACCCAGUCCUCUCUAUCUUUUACGCAAGGGUUCCUGCUGGGUCAGCUAUCAGUUGUGCUGCUGAUUGGUGCCUUCAUCAAGUUCUUUAUUUUUGGCGAAGCACCACCACCACCGUCUCGCGGUCUUCGAGCUUCCACGCAUCGACGCUCCAAUUCGAUCUUUUCACAAGAUGCGCCUCCUCCCAGAUCAUUGAGAGAAAAGCCCUCUACUUCGAAUGUCCUUCGUCCCGUCCCGUCGUCCGCGACUAACACAAGGUCGAUUUUGCGGAAAACCUACUAUAGCGCAAUCCCUCCGAACCCGUCGUCGAAACACCGAAUUCAUCACUCCUCACAUCAACCAGAGUCGUUGGAUUGGUUCAAUGUCCUGAUCGCACAGACAAUAGCACAGUAUAGGCAGACAGCCUAUCUUUUGAAAGACUCCCCCACAUCGUCGAUCCUCCAUUCGUUGACGGCAGCUUUGAAUAAUCCCGAGAAGAAACCGUCCUUCAUCGAUAAAAUCACGGUCACAGACAUAUCGCUCGGUGAAGAGUUUCCGAUUUUUAGCAAUUGCCGUAUCAUUGCCGUUGAUGACCCUAUGUCCGACGGUGGCAGGCUUCAAGCCUUGCUGGACGUUGACAUGAGCGACGACAACCUCUCCAUCGCUGUCGAAACCUCACUAGUCCUCAACUACCCUAAGCCAUGCUCCGCGAUUCUACCUGUUGCGUUGUCAAUAUCCGUCGUAAGAUUUUCGGGGACACUCUGCAUCUCGCUUGUCCCCGCAUCCACCCCGCCUCUUCAUACUCCGUCACCUAUGCCGUCGCCACCGACAGCAGGAGCGCAGCCAGCCGCCGGGGCACAACCCACUGACGGCGGUGAUAUCCCACCGAAAUCUUCAUCGAAAAGCAACAUCGCGUUUUCAUUCUUACCAGACUACCGACUCGACCUGUCAGUGCGAUCGCUGAUUGGCUCCCGAAGUAGACUCCAAGAUGUGCCCAAGGUUGCGCAGCUGGUAGAAGCACGGGUUCAUGCGUGGUUUGAAGAGAGGGUUGUCGAGCCCCGAGUACAAGUCGUGGGGCUACCGGACCUAUGGCCACGUAUGGGCAGAACUGGUGUGCGAACAGGUGACGAGUCUGAAACCGGCUCUAAUACGGCCUCACGACCAGCUAUGUCCGUAGAUAUGAGCAGUCCCGGCCACCUUCAGGGCGAUGGCGGUAACCAUGAGGAAGAGCUGCGAUUUCGUGGAUUAGGUCCACGGCCGCCAUUACCGUUUGAUGCCGUUUCCCGGACAAGCAGUUACCAAGUUGAGACUGGGGCUCCUCGUAGUCCUAGUUUGACGCGCGAGCGGAGUCUGGGGGAUGAUUUCCAUAUGCCUGGUUCUAUGCCUGAAGCGCCAGGCGCUCAGUGAGAUGAGUUCUACUUGUACC